GUCGCCCGAGAGCCUGUAACCGCGCGCAGACCGAGAGAAAGAGCCGACACACGGCCACGUGCGCAGCUGCUGCUGUUUUGUUUUUUGUUGUUGUUAUUAUUAUUUUUUUAAUUUUUUAAUUUUUAAAAAUUCGCAUGAAAGUUUUUUCGAGUCAGUGUUGAUAAGCAAGAGUAGAUCCGGAAUUUUUUUGGAAAAAUUUAAAAGAAGUACUCGUACGACAAUAAUCAGAAAUAAAUAAAAAUGAAGCUCACAACGACGUUAUUGGCAGUGUGUCUGUGCUUCGCGGCGGUCCACUCGUUACCAGCUCCCGGCUUCCAGUCUAGGGUACUCGACCGGCUGAUGGCGCGUGAAAAUCCACAAGAUGAUUCGGCUUUGAGGAACAAGAGGACGAUCGGUCUGCUAAGACAACUAUUUCCCGACAUCACCAAGGAUGUGGUGAGCGAGGCCGAGAGCCGCGCCGACCAGGAGCAGGAGGCCGAGUCGGCCAACAACGAGGUGCGCGUCCAGUUCGCCGACGACGCCGUGAGCGCCGAUGCCUCGGCGACGAGCAACGACGCCGAGAACGAGACCGACGGCGGCGAGCUCGCGCCCCUCGAGGACAUCGAGGCCAGCGACGACGACAGCCGCAACAAGAGGUUCCUGAACUUCGGCGGCAGCGGCAGCGGCGGUAGCGGCGGCGGCUCCGGUAACUUCAUUUUCGACAUCAUCAGGCAAGCAGCCGACAGUGCAGCGCGAGCCGCUGGCACGGUGUACCGCGUAGUCGCGGGUACGCAGAGUUUAGGUCUAGGCCUGAGUGCGUCGCGUGACAUUGGUCCUGCCCCCGCGUCCAGCCAGAUGAUGCCCACGACCGGCGGAGGAGCCGCCGGUGGAGCCAUGAUGAUGCCCGGAGCAGGAGGAGGAAUGAUGAUGGGUGCACCGCCAGCCAUGAUGCCAGCCAAGAAUAAUGGCUCAGCCAUGAUGAUGCCACCGCUCGUUGCUGGAAGCGGAAGUAGCUCCAGCGGCGGCGAUCCAGGAGCGGACGCCCCUACGCCCGGACCACAGACCGAGGCCGUGCCCGGACCCGUCACGAGGCUCUUCGUCAUUGCCAAUCGAGGAAUUUCCAAUCUCGUUCAGGAUCUUAUUCUGCGUCUGGCCGCAACGAGCGAGCGCAUCGUCAACUUCAAGGCACGACUCAUCACCUCCAUCAUCUAAGCACGCCUGAUAGGAGAGAAGAAUCCUGAUGCACAAAACGAAUCUCUUACCAUCUCGACGACGAGGACGACGACGGCUUAUCUGGUCAUAAGCCACAGCCACACACCAUUAAUUAUCAUUUAUACAUUAAUAGGCAACAAGAACAACGAUUGAUUAUUUGUCUCGAUUGCUCUCGAGAAAACUUUGUCGUGUAGAUUUACAUGUAAUAGGCUUUCGAAGCUAAUUAUGAUUGUGUAAAAAUCGAGAGAGAGAGGUACACACGAUGUAUUUGAGCUCUCGAGGUUUCGCGAGUUAUUUUUUACAAGAAAUAUUAAAAUGUUAAUUAAAGAAAAAAAGAAAAGGAAAAAUGGACCACGGGAACGACGAUGGCAACGUUGCACACGCGCGUCACGUACUUUUAUAUAUACCAUGAUGAUAUAAUAUAUUCUGAUAACUUUUUGUUAUUGUAAUCUCUUCUAUGGAUCGGAGCUAUAUACAUUUUGCAAGAUUGUCAUAUUAUAAUAAUAUAAUAUUAUUAUUGUAGCAUAGCUAGGUGUGUGUAAAACGAUAUAAAUAGUAUUUGAAUUGUGACGUUGCUCUUUGUGCCCGCGCGAUCCAAGAUAAAAGUGCGUGAAAAUGUUGUUUGCUUGUUUGUUUCCUUUUUUUCAUUUUUUUUUUUUUUUUUUUUUUUUAAUGUUCCAAUGGUAGAGGCAAAAAAAGUUCGGGUACUUUCAGCUUUCGAUCUAUACAGAGCGAAAGCUAUACUUUUGUCAUGUAAUAAGCUAUAAGUAAAUAAUAAACAAUUAAUAAUGGUAUAGAAAUGUGGGAAUUAGCAUAGACAAGGGGGGGCUAACAUACCAUGUGUUACUCGAAAUUUUCAUUGAGGCUUCUAUAAUAUGAUGCGUACUCGCGCAUACGCACCGUGCGGCGGUGAAAUUGGCAACUGCAUAUUACUCACCGAAUACACUUCUUACAUUUCGGAUUUCCGCAAGAUAAUUUUCUGGACUUUCUAAAAAAGUUUUUUUUCUCUUUUUUUAUUCUGACUUCGGAGCUACGAGUCUCUCUUCCGUAAUAAAUCCCUCUCGUGCGCGCUUUAUUAGGAUAUAUUAUUCAUUUAUUAUCGAGCAAGAUGCGACGGAAAAUCGUGCACAUUACACAUAAACUUGCGGAUGCACAGACUCGCUCACUCAUGCACGUGUGCACAUUUUGUGCAUAUGCAAUAUGCGUAAUGGCCAAACACGCGCGCGCGCACAAUCACGCCGCACUCGCGCAAUAUAUGAAUAUGUAUAAAAUUGUGAUUACGCCGAGUAACUUUUCCUCGCGCCUUUGCACAUGCACUCGCACUCACACUUUUACAGGCACACAGAUAAAGCUAAAACUUUCUUCUUCUUUAUUUAUUUAUUUAUUUAUUUUAUUUUCUCUUCUUUCGCGUUGUCAAUUUUCGAACGAUUCGACGAAUUUGAGAAAAUGUCGUGACGAUCGUAUCCUGCGUGAGAGUGUUUAAUUGAUAAAUGUAUGCCUACUAUACCGCCUAUACUGUUCUUCGUUUUUUUUUUCUUUUCUUUUUUUACAUAAUUGUAUUACAUUAGGUCGCGCAAAACGACACACGAUGCGUUUCGGGCGUUGCUCCAGAGCGCAAACACGUGCAUAUAAGUGCCAGGCGUCGAUUGUAGUUUUCUUUUUCUGUAAAUGAGAAAAACAAAUAAAAAAGGCAUGUUACCUAGAGGUGUGUCCAUGAAGGCUUUGUAAAAGUUGUAAUUGGUUAAUGGAAGUGCUAUACCAGAGGUACGAAAGUUUGAUUAUUGUUCUGUUUUUUUUCGAGCGUCGAAAAAAGUGCUAUCCAUCCGACAUCGGGAAAACGUAAAUGAUUAUCAAAUUAUGUAGAUUUUAAAAGAGGGAAAAAUUAUGCUUAUACGUAGAAAACUUGCCCAAAUCAUGAUGAAAAUGUAAAACUCGUCCCACACGCUUCAUUUUUUACUUCAUAAGUUCAGCAGUA